CGCCAUUUUCAUUCAUUCUCUAUUCUUUCCCUUUCGUCAUAUGGCGUGCUGGUGCGUUUGUCCGCCAUAUUAAAUGAAAUCAAUAAAAUAAGACAAAAUGUCGCCUUACUAGAGUGCGUAAAAAUAUCCAACAACAUCCAGUUAUUGUGUGAUUAAAUCAUCAAGAGGAUCACAAUGGAGAAUUCCUACGGUGUGGGGGUCGUUAACAGAUACGCUCUUUUUUUGGACGACGAGUCCGAUCCUCUUGAUGCGUUAAAAGCGCGAGAGCAGGCCAAGGAGCUCAAAAAGAAGACCAAAGAAGCCGAAAAAGAAAAUAAGGGCAAGCCCGAAUCCAAGCCUAAGGGUGGUAGUGUUGCCGUGAGGAAAGGUAUCAAAGAAACUCAAAAUGUGAAGUCCCAAGACAAUAAAAGCGGCGAACAACAAAAGAGUAAGGGACCCCCUCGUGCUAACGACCGCAAUGCGGAACGUCCACCUCCGCGACGCCGCGAGGACCGGCCGCAGAACGGAGCCGUCGACAACAAGGAUGGCGCGCCGAGGCCACCGCGUAGAGAAUUCGGCGACCGGGAGCGCAGGCCUAAUUUCGAAAGGCGCAACUUCAACGACAACGGCGAGGGUGCCGAACGUCGCGGACCUAGGCCUCCACGUGAGCCCCGCGAUCGUGACGGUCCGCGCGGGCCGCGGCCGCCCUACGACAACCGGGGCAAGCGCGAGUUCGACAGGAGGUCCGGUUCCGAUAAGACCGGCGUGAAGCCCGUCGACAAGCGCGAGGGCGGCGGGCCUCACAACUGGGGCACCAUCAAGGACGAUAUGGACGAGCUGAACAAAACCGGAUCCGAGGGCGAGGUCGGCGAGGAGAAGCCCGUAGCGGAGCCCGGAGCGGGCGCCGGCGGAGACGCACAGGCCGGUGCGGAGCCCGAGCGCGCGGCACCCGAGGAGGAAGUGCGCGAGCUCACGCUCGACGAGUACAAGGCGCUGCGCAACGCGGCCCGCGCGCCUCCGCAGUACAACCUGCGCAAGGCCGGCGAGGGCGAGGACCUGUCGCAGUGGAAGAACCUUGUGAUGCUGGAGAAAAAGAAGGAGGGCGGCGACGACGAUGAGAGCGACGACGAGUACGAUAUCGCCGACUACCCGCAGCGCGUGGGCCGCCAGAAGCGCGUGCUGGGCAUCGAGUUCACGUUCAACGACCAGGCGCGGCGCGGCGCGGCGGGCGGGCGCGGGCGCGGGCGGGGCCGCGGGCGCGGGCGCGGCGCGCCGGGCGCAGGGCCGGGCUCGGGAGCGGGCGCGGGCCCGGCCCCGGCGCCGCGCGAGGACGCCGCGCCCGAGGAGCGCCCGCCGCCGCGCUCGCACCCGGCGCCUCCCAAGGUCGAUGACAGCAAGGAUUUCCCCUCCCUCGGCUAGACUCAGUGAGCCUUUAACUCUUCCCCCUUUCGAAAGAGUAUGAUAGAAAUACAAAUUAAAUACUGUAUGUACCGUUAUUUUUGAAGUAAAUAUACAAAAUAUUUACA